AAUGGAGAGAUAUUCAAAAUUAAUAAUUGAAGCAAAAUAUGGAAAUUAUAUUGAUUUAUGCGAAAUUGAAAUAUUUUCCAGUAAUAUCGCUCAUUCGAAAUUAACCAUUUCAAAAUAUUCUUCAAAUGGUGAACUAGAUAGAUUAACUGAUGGAAAUGAGAUUAAUCGUGUAACGUUACGUUUGGGCCAAGAUUAUUGGGUUGCAAUUAAUCUUUUAGCGUAUUACAAUGUUUUUGGCCUAGAUUUCAGACUAAUGCCAACUUAUCUCCACCAAUUCAAAUCAUUCUAUGUUGAAUUGACAAACGAAAAUCCAGCUGUUCAAUACAACCCAACAAAAUAUUCAUACUGCGGCGAAAAAGAUGGCAAUAAUCCGAAUGGGAGUGAUAUGUUUGAUACAAUUUUAUGCAAAAGAGGCGGAGUCAAAGGUCAAUUUGUUGUCUUACGUUCAAAUUCUUCAAAUAUGAAUGUAGUUGUAAGUGAAAUUGAAAUAUUUGGAAACUAUUUGAAAGAUUUAGAGAAAAGAUCCAAAAACAUUCUAUCAAAUAAACCGAGUUGGACAUCAAGCUAUUACCGGCAAUUUACACUUGCCCAUCUAGCAACUACUGGAGAUCGUAACGGAAUAUUUCAUACAAAGAAGGAAGAUCAUCCUUGGAUUUGGAUAGAUAUGCUUGGAAUGUAUAAACUAUUUCCAAUGGCCAUUCUAAAUAGAGAAGAUCAAUAUGUUUUAAGAAUAAAUACAAUACGUGGAGUAGUGUCAGAAUAUCAAAGUUUUAAUGUUGAACAAGCGCAUUUACAUUCUAAAAUCUGUUUUAUCAAUGAUAAACAGUUCUUGAGAGGAGAAUACGCUAUUUGGGAUUGUCAACAGCCAUUACCCAUUUGUCGUUACGUAAUAUUUUACUUAAGUAUUACGCAAUAUUUGCACUUUGAAUUUGUUGAAGCUUAUGGGGAAGAGAUAAUUAAUGCCAAUUUCACACUUCUACCAUUGAUCAAUGUCCAUAGGACUGAGAGUAGUAGUUUAAAAAUCUAUGAUCAAAUAGUAGCCGAUCAAUUUCCAAUAAAGAUUAUUGAUGGAUCAUCAAUAAAUUCCAGACAUCAGGAUCAUUAUCUUUCUUGUAGUGGAACAUUGACAAAUGCCAAUCAGGAAGGAAGGAUUAUAUUCUCUAUGGAUAAUUAUUAUAUGGUUGUAGAGAUUGUUGUCUUACUCCCAUCCAUAUUGGUUCAAGAAACAUUUGAAGAUGUUCAAGUGGCUGUUGAAAAUUUCAAUAUUGAGUUGCAAAGGCAAAUUUGUAGUUUGAAGAAUGAUGCUAUAACUGAGGAGCAUUUAUUAUACAACUGCCAUUUUAUUGGUGAUAGAAUAUCAUUGAAUAAAAUUAAUGGUUUAAAGUUUUAUUUAGCACAAGUUCAAGGUCAUUUUGCUCAUCCGAAGAAGAAGACAGCAGCUGUUUUGUACUUAGGAGGGUCUUUUCUUACAGAUAGGAUGAGGUUUGAUUUAUUUGGUAAAUCAAAUCAUUGGUUUAUAGAUGGAACAUUUAAGAUUGUGAAAGAUCCAUUCUACCAGCUAGUGUCUAUUCAUAGUCAUGUGAAAAAGAAUGGUGCAAUGAAACAUGUUCCCUUGACAUUCAUUUUCAUAACAUUAAAACAAAAAAAAUAUUAUAAAAAGGCAUUCAAGAGCAUCAGAAACUUGACUUUCAUGUCACAGCCUGAGAAAACAACAAUGGAUUUUGAGAUGAGUCUGUGGAAAGCUGUCUCAAAGAUUUAUGCAGAAGCAAAAAUUCAUGGCUGUCUUCCACUUCACUCAAGCAAUCUAUAG